CAAAUAGAAAACAAUAAUACACAAGAUCAAUGUUGAUUCCACGGGUAUCGACUUUGUUGAAGAAAAAUCAGACGAACUUUACAGAGAAAAAAUGUUUCCAAGAUGUUAUUGUGUUCCCCAAAGUUUUGGAUCUGUUUCUUCUGCUUAGAGAAUAGGUUUUGUAUGAUUGAGUUUUGUCCAAGUGUUCCUCUACAAUACACGAAGAUUCCGUAGACACACACAUUAAAGAACAUUAAUAUCAACUAAAGUUUUUUUUGGGCAAACUUCAAAAUAACAUAUUUUAGAAGUUUGAUACAAAUACUCUUUCCGUUUCAAAAAGAUAAUGUUUUAGAAAACAAAUAUUUUGUGUUUUCUAUAAAAAAAUGAUAAACUUCAAAAAAAUUAAAUGAUUUUAUUAAAUUACUAUUGAUUAAAAGUUAUUGAAAAUUGAAUCCCCAUGCGGUAGGUAGAAUUAUCGCUGUAGAAUCGUCUGUAAUAUUUAUCAUAGUUGUAAUAGCAUAAUUAUGCAGCAUUAAAAAAAAAAAUAAGAAUAGGGGGGCAGAUGCAUGACAUCAUGAAUGGUCAAGGCAGUGACUCUCACAGUCAUCCUCAUCCAUUUUCAAGUUAGAAAAUUUUAAAUUAAAUUCUCCUUUGAAAAAAUCACUACACACCAUCUUUGAAAAACCAAAUAUCUUCCAUUUUUUUUUCUAGCUAUUCUAAAACUCGCCAUAUAUAUUACUAAAUGUGGUUACCGAUUCUUGGAAACCAUUUAUUUUCAUUACAAAAAUGGAGCUUCAUACUAGUGAACAAUCGGCAACCCACCACACGUGCCAUCCGUGCCGGCGAGUCAUUCCAUACAGAAUCUACGCCGUAGUUCACACGUGUGGUAUCAUAGCCCUCAUGUAUCACCAUGCAUAUUCACUUCUGACAGAACACACCGCUCUAACAUCGUUUCUUCUUCUCCUCUCCGACGUCGUUCUCGCUUUCAUGUGGGCCAGCACAACGUCCCUCCGGCUAAACCCGGUUCAUCGAACCGAGUACCCUGAAAAAUAUUUUUCUAAACCGGAAGAGCAUUUCCCGAAGCUAGACGUGUUCAUAUGCACUGCUGAUCCUUACAAGGAGCCUCCCAUGAUGGUGGCCAACACGGUCUUAUCAGUGAUGGCAUUCGGUUACCCGUCUUAUAAGGUCUCUGUCUACGUAUCGGAUGAUGGUGGAUCGUCAUUAACGUUGUUUGCUUUGAUGGAGGCUGCUAAGUUCUCUGAGCAUUGGUUGCCUUUUUGCAAGAAGAAUAAUGUUCAAGAUCGGUCUCCUGAAGUUUAUUUUUCCUUGAAGUCAAGUUCUUGGACUGAGGAAGCUGAAAAUCUUAAGAAAAUGUAUGAAGAUGUGAAGGAGAGAGUAGAACAUGUGGUGAAUAUUGGCAAAGUUGAUCAAGAUCAGUUUCGUGAGGUCUUCGAUUUGUUGGACCACAAAUUCACUCCUCAGGACCAUCCAAGUAUUAUUAAGGUUCUACAAAACAACGAGACAGGGAUAACGCCAAACCUAAUAUAUGUAUCAAGAGAGAAGAGUAGAGCUACACCACAUCAUUUCAAAGCCGGUGCUCUUAAUACAUUGUUACGAGUUUCUUCGGUGAUGACAAACUCACCAAUCAUUCUAACACUAGAUUGUGACAUGUACUCAAACAAUCCCACAACACCUCUUCAUGCUUUGUGCUAUUUGUCAGACCCUAAGAUAAAUUCCGGUUUAGGAUUCGUGCAAUUUCCUCAGAGAUUUCAAGGAAUUAACAGAAACGAUAUCUAUGCAUCAGAGCUCAUACAUCCCUUUGACAUCAAUAUGGUUGGGUAUGAUGGGCUUAUGGGCCCAAUUCACGUGGGCACUGGGUGCUUUUUCAAUCGACGAGUUUUCUACGGGCCUCCAGCAAAUUUGAUUUUGCCUGAGUUAGAUGAACUUGCGCCAAAUAGGAUUGCAGAUAAGCCCAUUAAGGCCCAUACUGUUUUGGCAUUGGCACACAAUGUAGCUGGAUGCAACUACGAGCAUAACACCAAUUGGGGAUCCAAGAUUGGAUUCAGAUAUGGAUCAUUAGUAGAAGACUACUACACAGGGUUCAUGCUUCAUUGUGAAGGAUGGAGAUCAAUGUUUUGUAGACCCCAAAGAGCUGCUUUUUAUGGAAGCGCCCCAAAACGCCUAACAGAUGUAGUGUGCCAACAAAUGCGUUGGUCCAUUGGUCUUCUUGAAAUGGGGUUUUCAAGGUAUAGCCCAUUCACCUAUGGUUUGAAGUCAUUAGGCCUGUUUACAGGCUUAGGCUAUUGCUACUAUGUGGUUUGGCCGUUUUGCUCAAUUCCUCUUACCGUUUAUGGGGUUUUACCUCAGCUUGCCCUAAUAUAUGGGAUUAGAGUGUUCCCCAAGCCAUCAGACCAAUGGUUUUGGCUUUACAUCUUCUUGUCCCUUGGUGCAUAUGCGCAAGAUCUAGCAGAUUUUUUGUUGGAAGGAGGAACUUGUCAGAAAUGGUGGAACGAUCAGAGAAUGUGGCUGAUAAGAGGGCUCUCUUCAUUCUUCUUUGGUAUGAUAGAGUACACUCUCAAAACGCUAAACCUCUCCACACCUGGAUUCAAUGUCACCAGUAAAGCCAAUGGUGAUGACGAACAAAAGAAGCGGUACGAGCAAGAAAUAUUCGAUUUUGCGCCCUCUUCGUCCAUUUUCUUACCCAUGACCGCAGUGGCCGUCCUGAAUCUCUUUGCUUUCGUCUCGGGGCUCUAUGGUCUUUUCGCAUGGGGAGAAGGACUCAGCCUUGAGCUGAUGCUUGCAAGCUUCGUGGUAGUGAAUAGCUUACCGAUCUAUGAAGCCAUGGUGCUGAGGAAAGAUGAUGGAAAGUUACAAAAGGGUAUUUGUUUCUUAGCUGGGAUACUCACACUUGUUCUUAUCCUGGGAGGUUACUUUUUACUCAAGUAACUUCAUCUGUUAGGUUUUUUUUUUAAACAAUAAGUCAUCAGGCAGAAGACACAGAAUAUAUAUCCACUUUGUAAUGUGAUGUAAUACAUUGUGGUCUCUUGCAUCAUCAAAAUCUAAUAAAAUUUGAAGAUUUACAACU